AUGGGCCUCGCCAACACUAAUUCCAACAUCUCUCGAACCACAAAGAGAGACAAGGCGUCUUACUUCGCGAGAAUGCUCACUGCCCAUACCCAUCACGACCACGGUAGUCUAGACAAUGAGUCCAACGACUACAAGGAAAUGCGCGAAUCAAUCAUUCUGGGGAAGCGAAACCCAGGCCAAAGGUCCCAGGCCCAACUGCUAAAUUACAAUAGCUCACGGCUAUUGCAGUUGCCCACCGAGGUGUUGCUUCAAAUCUUCAAGUAUUUGGACAAGGGAGACCUCUACUCGCUUUUGACCGUGUGUCGCGAGUUUUCUGAUCUUAUAGUGGAGAUUUUGUGGUUCCGACCCAACAUGCAAAGCGACGUGACUUUCCAAAAAAUCAAACACGUCAUGUCGCUUCCACGGAACCAAACACACUGGGACUACCGCAAUUACAUCAAAAGAUUGAAUCUAUCCUUCAUGACAAAGUUGGUCGAUGAUGAGUUGUUGGAUUUAUUUGCCGGGUGUCCCAAGUUAGAAAGAUUGACUUUAGUCAACUGUACAAAACUCACACACGCGCCCAUCACCAGAGCAUUACAGAACUGUGAACGCUUGCAAUCCAUUGACAUGACUGGUGUCCAGGAUAUUCAAGAUGACAUAAUAAAUGCGCUAGCGCAAAACUGCACUCGCCUACAGGGUCUUUACGCUCCAGGCUGUGGAAACGUGUCGGAAAAGGCUAUCAUUGGACUUUUGCAUGCCUGUCCGAUGCUCAAAAGAAUAAAAUUCAACAACAGCGAGAAUAUUACCAACGAAAGCAUUCUAGCCAUGUAUGAAAACUGCAAAUCAUUGGUCGAAAUCGACUUGCAUAACUGCCCACUCGUGACAGAUAAGUACUUGAAACACAUUUUCUAUGAGCUUACUCAAUUGCGUGAGUUCCGCAUUAGCAAUGCCCCAGGGAUCACAGAUGACCUAUUUGAACUUAUUCCCGAGGAUUAUUAUCUCGACAAAUUGCGGAUAAUUGAUGUCACGGGCUGUAAUGCCAUCACAGAUAAGUUGGUGGAACGAAUGGUGAGAUACGCUCCGAGGUUGCGUAACGUGGUCCUUUCAAAAUGCAUUCAGAUUACAGAUGCUUCAUUGAGACACUUAACUAAGUUGGGGCGCAGCUUGCAUUAUAUUCAUCUUGGUCACUGUGCUCUGAUAACUGAUUUUGGAGUCCAAGCACUUGUCCGAGCAUGCCAUAGGAUUCAGUACAUCGACUUGGCUUGCUGUUCCCAGCUCACAGAUUGGACAUUAAUCGAACUAUCCAACUUGCCCAAGUUGAGGCGCAUUGGUUUGGUGAAAUGUAAUCUAAUUUCUGACUCAGGAAUAAUGGAAUUAGUUAGACGCCGUGGUGAACAGGACUGUUUGGAACGUGUUCAUUUAUCAUAUUGCACAAACUUAACCAUUGGACCCAUUUACUUUCUAUUGAAAAACUGUCCACGCCUCACGCACUUAUCUCUCACAGGCAUCUCCGCAUUUCUCAGGAGAGAAAUCACACAGUAUUGCCGGGACCCACCACCUGAUUUUACUGAGAAUCAGAAAUCAUCCUUUUGUGUCUUCUCAGGACAUGGAGUUGUGCAGCUCAGAAACUAUCUCGACGCCAUGAUGGAACAACGCGCUUAUAUUUUGGAGCAGUAUGGGUUUCAAGAAGAUGUGACCAGCAUUUUCCCGGAGAGACGAAGAAGAGUUCUUGGUCAACAAACUACUGAACUUACUCGUUCUCCUACAGGUAUAUCCCCAUCCCCUCCGAAUGAGGUUUUCGGUAAUCAGUCAUUCGUGAUGACAGCAUCCGUACAACCUGCAGCUACAGAAGACGAAAACAUGGAAGGUGAGGAAGACAUGUCGGCAUGGGCUGCGCAACGCGGUUUAGGCGGCUUGCGAAGAACUAAUAUGUCUCCAGAAAGCGAACUUGAGACCCCUAUGGUGGUCAAUGGAGCGAGAUAUAAUGAUGCUGAUGCCAUUCUUCGUCAAUUGCUAUCACUAGAGCAAUUGAAUCGCCGGAGGGCUGCCAACAUCAACGGUAUUACUGACACUGGGCCAGUUGCAGUCCGUCCUGGAGAUGCGCCCCAGAUAUCGCAACCGCCAGUGUUUUUGAAUGACGAUAUUCAGUUCGGUGCUACUAGUGAGGAUACUGAAAUGGAAGCAGUAGAUUUAUUUCCACGCAGAAACAUUGGCGAUCCUUCCCAUGGUUCCAACUAG